UUUGAACCGUUUCUGUCCCAGUUCUUGAAAUAUAUUUCAAAAUGAAGGCCCGUCGCACGUGCUAGCGGUACAUCUUCACUGCUCGUCUGCACCACCAGAUGGAGGGCUUCAUACCAAAGCGUCCGGUUUGCGGCACCAGCGGGCCUAGCACCGGCACUGCACAAAGCCGGAAACGGGCCGUUGUCCUUCUAAGCUGCGCAGCGACAUUUCCCACACAUGCCCCAGCCCACGGCGAGACCAGUUACCCGUUCUCUCGUGCCUGCCCGCUAGGCCAUACACCGUCGACGUCAAGUACCUGCUACGAUGGGACGACCUGUUCGGACGGCGAGGCGUGUUGCGAUCAGGCGCACGGUGGGCACAACGUCUGCCCGGCGACAAAUCCGCACCUGUGUCCGACUUCCCCACAGGAGGAGCGUGGGCUGGCGCAGUACUGCACACAGGCAGCCAGUUGCCACACCAUGGCGCCAAGCGGAGGAACUAGUGAAACAACUACCGCGGCACUCUGCAGCAAAGGGUGUACGGUGGUACACUUGAAACUAGACCCCGGCGGGGUAUCGGACUGGUCAAAAUCAAGCAGCCUAGGCCCGCUGAUUUUCCGCAGCGGCCCCACGGCGUAUUCCCGCCUACCCGCUUCCUGCUACACCCCCGCCGCCACGCAGCACUGCGCACUCCGGGUGUGCGACGCGCGGUUUCUGGAGGUCGUGCCGGAAAACGCCGGGGUGGACGGGCCCGAGCACACGUUUUCCGCGGAAGUCCGGAAUUUGACGAACGAUUUGGUUUAUCAGGGGGACGUACUGCAGAAGCAGCUGUCCUUCACCGGACACGAUGUGUGGAUCGACGAAGGCUCCGGGUGCUGUAAAGACCCCCUGGCCGCCCACGCAUUCGCGGGGCAGCGCGGCACGACGCUGGCGCAGUGCAAACAGUUUUGCAUAAGUAGCAACUGCGACUUUCUCGAGUACGCAAGCACGCUGCAAAACGCACCGGCCUCCGUACACAAGGGGGAUACUUCCAGUGUCUGCCGCGUGAUGCGCGGCUCUUGCCGGGCCGCGGACCCGAUGUUGGGGCGCUGUGCGGAGGACGCGGUGGGCACGGCUGCUUCGGCCAGUAUCUUCCGGACGUACGCCUUCCAGCCAAAAUCAAAGGAAGUCCGCGUCGGGGUCUCUUGCGGCGACGACGCAAAUCUACCGCAACAGGAGAGCGGUGCAGCCACAAACUGGGCGACUUCGCUGUGGACGGCGCCAACGUGUGGCGAUACGGAAGUUUGUCGAGAAGGUAGGUGUCAUCGGACCUGCGUCUCCUCGCGGGAGUGCGCGGCAUAUCCUUAUCGGGUUUGCGACUUCUGGGACGCGGAGCGGGUUUGCAGGCACAAGGAGUUAUUCGCGGAUCCAGUCGAUAUGGAUCUGUUGGGAACCUUUUUGUUCUUUCUCGGCUCUGGCCUGGCACUGUCCGCCGGGGUCGGCGGAGGCGGCAUUUAUGUGCCACUUCUGAUUCUGCUGCUAAGGUUUCGAGCACACAAAGCCACGGCGGUUUCGCAGGUGAGGGAGGAAGGUUGUUUAAGGAUUUUUCGGAUAGAGUUUUUCGUGACCAGGUAAGUAGUUCUUUCACUGCAGUGCUGCUGCGACAUUUUGAUGACGUCAUGGUUUUGUAAAUACUGCUUUAUCGAAAAAUAAAAUGCAGUCCAUGCUCGCGGGCGGCGCGAUUUCGGUGCUUCUCUACAAUCUGAAGCAGCGCCACCCCACCGACAAAUCCCGGUCCAUGGUGGAUUUCGACCUCACCGCCAUUCUCGGUUUCCCUCUCAUGGCCGGUGUACAGAUGGGCGCCGUCGUGCACAAGAUAUCACCCGACUGGCUGAUCCUGUUUCUCCUCAUCGCAGUUCUGACCGAUUCGGGCCGCAGGACCCUGCGAAAAGGCUUAUCCCUCUGGCGAGACGAGAACCAAGCCCGAGCGAGGCCUGGCUUGCAGAAAACCGAAUCCGGUAGCACCUCCAAUCCGAACGUGAUUUACCAGAUCAGUCAGAAACUUUCCUCGGUGGGCAGCACCCCCACCAGCUACCAGGAGUUUCAGGACGCGGAUGUGCCCGAGGUGAUCGGGAACGCCGACGGAGAUCAUGGGGAAAUUGACGACCAUGGAAAUAAUCCGAAAACUCUUGCAAGAAAAAACAGUCCUGGCGAGGAGACCGGGUUGACCACGUCCCCGCUCUCGUCUGCGCACUCCUCCUCUCUGUCUCUGGUGCCCACCAACGGCAGCAACAUGGAGCAAGUGGUGAUCGCGAAGAAUCAUUCGCCAAUAAAGGGUGUCGACCACAAUCUGUCUCCAGUGGCGAGUGGCACACUGAGAAUACAACCACCGAGCGCGGGGAAGGGCAACACGGUGGAUAGCGCGCAGCCGUCCCCGGUGAAUGAGCUGUCGUCUACAAUAGCGAGGUCCUCGCGGGGAAAGGUCAGUGACGCCGGAAUCCAAAAAAUGCUUCUCGGGGUCUGGAUGAUCAUGCUCGUCGUGUCGGGGGUAAGAAGUUGUGGCUACUUGUUGUGUUAAUGCAAUGACUUUGCUCGUUGAACAAAAUAAAGAUUUCUAAGUGCGUUUUCGCUUUAUUUUACUGAACGACUUCGAUCUCGAUCCCCCUCAAGGUAAAGACAAGUUUGGGCUACUGCACCGCGCUCUUUUGGCUCAUCCUCCUCAGUGCCACCUCCGUUCUGUUGUAUCUCUAUCACACAGAAAAAAACUGGCAGGUCAUAUUUGUAAUGCAAAAAUAAAUGGACAAGAAAACUUGUAUUGCAUACCCGAAAUAGCAUGCUACGAGGUCGCCCAUGACAGAUUUUUCUGUGUAUUUCUUUUUGCAUUACAAAUAUGCCCUGCCAGCUUUUUUCUGUGGGAUAAUCUCGCCUACAGACACGCGCAGAGCCUGGUCAAGCAGUACGAAGAGAGGAAAACCGUGUCCGUUACACCAGGAGGCAACGGGCAGCAAGUCGAAGCGAAGUAUUAUUCUCUACUAUCGAUCGAAGCGUUCAUGAUUCUCAUAUUUGCUUUUGCCUCUCAUAGGACACCCUACUGAAAGAAAAACCGCAGCAGAAUACGACUUGGUUUUGUCACACUUCAGGUCUUAUCGCGACACGUGGGAGUUUUUUGACACACGAGAAAACGCACUGCGGUUGCUUUUCUACGCAUACGGCGCUGGAGUCAUAGCCGCAAUGUGCGGCAUAGGGGGUGGCAUGCUACUAGGUCCGAUCAUGAUGGAGAUGGGCUUGCGGCCCCAGGUUUGUGUGCUUUGUUGAAAUUUUAGUUUACUGAGAGAUGAUCUUCCAAUGGCAUCAUGCGAUAAAAGAUUCAAAGCAAAAGUUGGGAUUACUUUUCGUCAUCAAACCGCAGGUAACAACCGCGACUACCGCCACGACGCUGUUUAUGCUGUCCACCACCGCCAGUACGAUUUUUAUCAUUGGCGGCCAAGCGCCCCUCGCGUACUCGCUUUUCUUCGCGGUCGUGUGCUGCUGCGGGGCGAUCUUGGGGAAAUCAGUAAUCAAUUACUACGUGAAGAAAUACAACCGAACGUCAGUCAUCGCGUUACUCCUUGCUGGCGUUAUCCUCGUAAGCACGGUGAUGCUGCUCAUCAUUGGUUUGCUCGACCUCUUUGGAGACGUCAGUGCGGCUUCUCGUGGCUCCAGCGCAGCGAAGGCCGAUCUGUGGUUCAAGGGGCUGUGCGACGAGACGCACUGA